AUGAGCCUUGAUCCCAGUGCCUUUCCCAGGUCGAACUCCCCCGCAAGCUCCGACAGCUCCUUGACGCGCUCGCGCCUACAAGGAAAAGAAGGAUCCUUGAAGAAAGACAAAAACUACCGCAGAUAUGCGUCCAGUGUCGAGCGAGCGUUGUCGCUGUUCGACAACGCUCUACAAGAAUGGGCCGAUUACAUCUCCUUCCUCAGUCGCCUUCUGAAGGCUCUCCAAACCCAUCCGCCAGAUCAGCCAGUUGUCCCUCAUAAAGUGAUAGUUUCCAAGCGGCUUGCCCAAUGUUUGAACCCGUCCUUGCCCUCGGGCGUCCAUCAGAAAGCCCUCGAGGUGUACACGUACAUUUUCGGAUUGAUCAAGCUCGAGGGAUUGUCGCACGAUCUACCCUUAUAUCUUCCAGGACUCGCGCCGACUCUGACCUUUGCCUCACUCACCGUUCGCCCCCUUUUUCUAUCGCUGGUGGAGGGAUAUAUUGUGGAUCUGGAGCCAUGGGCUAUACGCCCAGCUCUAAAGGCGAUUCUCUUGGCCCUUCUGCCUGGCCUGGAAGAAGAGACUGAUGAUUUUGAACCAACGCUGCGCAUAAUCAACAAACUCCGCGACGCUGCUGGCCAUCUGGAAACCCAACGAACAUCCGAGGCUGGAGCCUCAGGGCAAUACUUCUGGCAAUGCCUCUUUCUCGCCUCCAUUACCAAUUCGAGCCGACGACUUGGCGUGCUCGCAUACUUAAACCGCUAUCUCCCAAAGCUUGGCAUCGCCGAUCGCCGGAAGAGCGCAACGGACACGAAUGAUGCGAAUGAGAUUCCACAAGAAAUGCUGGCAGCAGCAGACUCGGUUAUUUUGCCUGAGCCAGGACUGCUUAUCAGGUGCUUCGCAUCAGGACUAUCUGACGAGCAGCUUCUGGUACAACGAAAUUUCCUGGACUUGCUUGUCACGCACCUGCCUCUCAACUCCCCCAUCCUACAAUCCAAGGUUCCGGACGCAGAUCUGCAAACGUUGAUCAUUGCGGCAGUGGGGGUGGUUACCCGGCGAGACAUGAGCUUGAAUCGACGCCUGUGGGCAUGGUUUCUUGGGCCGGAGCCUGCCAAUGAUCGAUCUUCUAUCGAGGGUCGGAAAUUCUCAUCCGAAACCACUCGAUCAUCUCCUGGCGAUGCCAAGGAGCUUUCACAAUCUCAGUACUUCAGUCGUGUUGGCCUGAAACCGUUGGUUACUGGUCUCCUCAAUAUGAUCAAGCACGCCCCGCGAACUCCGUCGGAGAGGACUAAGCCGUUCCGUAUUGCUCUUUCCUUGAUGGAUCGUUGGGAAAUCGGUGGCCAUAUUGUACCUGCGGUGUUCCUGCCGACAAUUUCCAGUGUUCAAUCAUUUGAGAAGGACACACCUAGAAGCCAUUUCGAAGAGGUUUUUCGGAGUGCAAGUGCUUUUUUCGAUGGGGUUGAAAGUAGCGUCAUUUUCUCGGAGCUUCUGGGUCUGAUUGACUUUCUCGUGAGUGACGUGAACAGUAAUCAUGAUCAAGUCCUCCACAACCUGAGGCUUGCCCAGUUCAUACUCGAGAACUUCAAUGUUCGGGAAGAGGACAUGGUCCAAAACCAUGUUCCUCUUUUGACGCUAUCGGUUCUUGUGAAGAUGAGCGAACUCUCAGCCUUGCACACGUCUCAACCGGGUCUCCAUAGCAGCAAAAAGGCCGCGUCAGAUUCAUUGAAUGAUGUGCUGAAUUCACUGAUCCCACUGCUUAUAGAGAGGGCAUUCUCCAGGAAAUCUGGCCAUGACAGGUCUGGCCACGACAUGAAAACCAGAAGUUCAGACAUCCUGAAGAAGAUCCAUCACUUUUAUGAGACCAGCAAAAGCAGUCUUGAACUUCCGUCUCUUCCCUUUGCCCCGAAGCAUGUUGGCGAAAUGAUCAUUCGAGAAGCUCUUGAGCUCUCCAUUGAGGCUCUACGAAACGAUGAUAAUACCUCUUCUCUCCACGAAAAGCUCAAUGUCCUGGUGACACUACUCCAGAAGCUUCCGAAAUCACGUCUUCUUCGAGACAGAAGACUGUUCGAAGCCAUCUCUCAAAGGCUGGCCACGAAGAAUGACAACCCCACCACAGCUGCUUUUGCGGUCAUAUCUACCAUUGUCUCUGCAGUGACGAACCUGUUCUUCAUUCAUACUCCCGGGUUUUACGUCAGUUAUGAGGAUGCAAGUGAUCUUAUUCCCAGCCUGGUUGAACAUCUAUGGCUGUAUCUCUCCCCCUUGAGCCCUAAGUUCCAUGUUGAAGCUGUGCGCUGUCUUUGGCUGUUGCACUCAAUCUCCUGGGUAGAUCACCUGGUUGAAGCUUCCAUCACAUCACUGAUGAUGAACUCCAAGGUCCCUGGAUCCUAUCACCUCUCAUCUGAGGACCAGGCCGAGAAGUUUUAUGUUCUAUGGAACCAUAGUCACCAUGGUACGCACGAGCAACAGCCGCCCAAGCAAGUUCUGGAUGUCGGGGGCAACCUUUUCUCCUACCAGUGCUCAAUGCUUGAACGGCCAUUGUUCAUUGUACUCGAUCUCUUGUCUCAGGAGCCCGGUGACAUUUCUCAGAGUGUCCAGCAAUGGCUGCAGGAUCUGCCCUCUAUCAAUAGGAUCUUCCAUGUUGUGGUGCUGAAGCUCGAAGAAUUGUUUGAGCGUGAUAUUCCCAGCGAGACCGAUCAAGACAGCAAAUCUAUUGCUCCGGAUGACUACAAGGAGUGUAAUUAUUUGUUGCGAACAACGUCAAACAUCAUUUCUUCUCUUUCUCAGAACGGAUGGAUUGCACUUCUGACGCAUUCAUUGGGUCAAAUGGAAAAGCGCACGGACGCGUCCAAGUCUGAGGACCAUGCGGAUGCUAAAAGUCUCCAUGCCACCAUAUUCGAGGCCACUUUAAAGAUCAUAAGUGAUCAAACGUCGAGCCACACCCCUGUCACCACCGAAGGAGAAAGAUUGCAGAAAGAUACCCUUUAUCUCAUGCGCCAACUUCUCCUGGGACCUGGGGCUGAAGAUCUGGUUGAGUCUGGAAUUGAUGAUUUCCUGGUAGAUCGUCUCAUUGCUGCGUCAGAUGAAGGCGGCAGUAUCGCAGUCCAGGGGGCCAUCAUUGACGCUCUUCUUGCAGCGCUCAAAGUACGGUUCGCGCAGGCCUAUGUACCUGCACCUCCACCCCGGCCAAGGCAGCAACGAGCAGGCUCUCGUGAGCGCUUGACCAGUCCUUCCAUAUUGUCCUUCACGAGCGACAAAGCAGAAAGAGCACCUUCACUUUCUCACUUCCCGCGGCCUCCCGAAAAACUUCUUGACUGUCUCCUUAAAGGAAUCAGUUCUGUCAAGUCACGAGAGAUCGUGGACAAGUGGAUCGGAUUGCUCUGUGAGGUUCUCCCCCUUUAUUCGGGCUCGAUCUACCAUAUUCUUCUCAUGCUUGUGGAAUGCUUUUGCAGAGAAAUUAAGGCUUCUUUUGGAAGACUUCAGCUUGCGUUCCAGAAAACAGAAGAUUGGCCACAGGACCGAUCUGAGCAUGUUACGAAUGCCCUGCUUACAGGCCUAGAAACCUGCAUAGCCCAUGCACAUGAGCGUCUUAUUGUAGAAGAAGCAAAUGUUCCAUCAGCAAAAAGUCCGGACCAGCCCCAAGGCUUUUUUGGCAACAUGGUGUCAGGAGUUUUCAACUCCGAAGGAAGCCAGGGCCGCUCCAACGCUGCUAAUGAUCGAUUGACUGUUCUUCUCUGUUUCCAAGACGCCACUCGUCUCUGCUUCUCUAUCUGGGCAUGGGGUGCGGGGGACAAGACUGGCGCGCCACCAGACUCCGAAUCCAUGGCAUCCUUUCAGUACACGUCUUUGCGUAUGCGCAAUCGAUCACGGCGAAUUCUGGAGCACUUCUUCACUGCUGAAGCAUUGGAAUGUCUUGAGACACUGGUUGAAAUGUGGACCAAGUCUGACACCGAAACUGCCACUCUCAUCUUCAGCCUCUUGCACACCCUAGAGGGCUCUCGCCCAAAGAUCUCCAUUCCAGCCGUCUUCAAUGCGAUCUAUACACGCACCAACCCGGCUGCUCUGGAUCCAAGCCGCAAGUCCUCUUUGACUUCGAAUCUCUCUGAGUCCGAACUCGCCAGUUUCUUGGUUGCAUAUGCACGUUCUCUUGAUGAUGAUGUCCUCGACGAAAUUUGGGCAGAUUGCACGACGUUCUUGCGUGAUGUGCUCAGCAACCCAUUCCCCCAUCGCCAGAUUCUUCCGCGUUUGAUUGAAUUUGCCGCUAUCCUUGGGGCGAAAUUGGAGAACACGACAUUUGGAGAAGACCGCCGCAUGCGCAAAGAACUCGGGGAUGUCCUUCUGCGGCUUCUCACAGCUGUCUUUACAAGCAAACCCUUGGGUCUCAACCAGGAUAGUGGUCUGAUGGCGCGUUCCUCGCUCGACUAUGACCGCACAGCAGUUUCUCACACUGGGCCUGAUGACAUGUUGAGUAUUCUCGCGGUGUCCAUGCCAUCAUUUAUCACUACGCUUGGGGACUCGGAUCGUAUUAACACUGCCAUUAGCGGCGUGUCUACAAACGUGGUCGGGCCACUCAUUCGUUCGCGGCUUUUCCCAAAUAACCUCAACCGUAAUGUCAUGGUUCUUUUGCAACAAAUGGCGAAGGUGCCAGCCGCAGCAAAACUGUGGAAGAAAGACAUCGCUGAUGCAUUCAACGAUUCACGUUUCUUUGGGUUGCACGUGGACUUGACAAAGAGCACGUGGAUGGAUCUCUUGCGACAAUGGACUCUCGUCGAUAAAGAUCGCCUAUCUGAGAUAUUGAGCCGACUUCCACCUCCCAGCGCGGCCGGAAUUAUGUUCGGCGUCGGAGCAUCCGCGGCGCGACUGGAAGCUGAUCGCAAAGCCCAACUCAAUCUCCGACGCAUUGCACUUCUGAUCCUGUCUGCUAACACGGAUUACUUUGUCGGUGAAUUCCCAAGUUUACUUCAAAAGCUGGAAGAUCUUCUAGCUGCCACAAGCUCCUCGUCGCCAUCGUCUGCGACGCGGGCAGAAAUCUUUAUGGUCCUACGCGCUCUGGCGCUCAAAAACUCCCCAUCGACCAUGGCGCAAUUCUGGCCGCUGAUCAACGCCGAGUUGCAAGAAGCCAUCUCUGCCGUUCCCCGAGGAUUGCAAUCAGAGCUCUAUAAUACUUAUUCCCUUUUGCAAGCCUGCAAGCUUCUGGAUGUACUCUUGGUUAUUGCUCCUGAUGAUUUCCAGCUUCUGGAAUGGCUCUUCGUCACAGAUACCAUCGACGCAGUUUACCCGCCUGACCGCUGGGAGCCUGUUUCCUUGGCUGAUGAGGUUUCACAAAGCUUUGGUCCGCGUGAGUUGUUCUCCCCAACUGUGUCCGGCGAGUCCGCAGAGCCUGUGGCUCGCAGUGGCCACAAACGGCCCUGGCUUGUCUCAGACCAAAUUCGGGAGACAGCCAAAGAUGAGAUCGUCGGAAGAGUCCUGCGUCCGUUCUUUGACAGACUUAGUAUCUACGUCUUCGAGAGCACGUACGGCAUGGAAAGUGUGGACAUGGGGGUGUGUCUAGAUGACCUAUUGGCGGACUUGUUCAACGAGAGCACCAUGGCGAACUGA